UAGACAAAUGCACAAUCUUUAUUUUCUUUGUAACGACCUCUAAAAGCCAAUCAACAUGGCCAACUUCAAAACCAUGACAUGUACCGGUGUUUCUUUGUUGCUCUUCUUUUGUUUAAUACCUUCUUGUUUAGCCUACAAUGUGGUUAGUUUUGGGGCUAGGGGAGAUGGGAGGACAGACUCAACUUCCGCAUUUCUUCGCGCUUGGUCUGCUGCCUGCCACUCUACUAGCCAGGCGAACGUGUACAUUCCACGAGGAACAUAUUUGGUAAGAACGUUGAAUUUAAACGGCCCUUGCCGGAGAAGAAUUGAGUUCCGAAUUGACGGUACUCUCAUUGCUCCAGCCAAUUAUCACGCAAUUGGUCAUUCUGAGUUCUGGAUUAUGUUUUAUAAGGUAAGUGGGCUUUCAGUGUAUGGAGGAACUAUGAACGCCAAGGGUCAUGGUUAUUGGUCGUGCCGAAAGGGUGGAAAGUCUUGCCCACAAGGAGCUAGGUCAAUUCAAUUUAUGUGGUGUAACAAUGUACUGUUGAGGGGCUUAACAUCACUCCACAGUCAAAGAGUACAUGUAGGGAUUAAUUACAGCAGCAAUGUGAGAGUUGAGAAUGUGAAGAUAAUAGCACCAAGUGGAAGCCCAAAUACUGAUGGCAUUCAUGUACAAAACUCAAGAGGGGUUACCAUUUACGGCAGCAUCAUCCAGACUGGAGAUGACUGCAUUUCUGUUGGUCCUGGUUCCAUGAACUUGUGGAUUGAAAAAAUUGGAUGUGGACCUGGACAUGGCAUCAGCAUAGGAAGUUUGGGGAGUAGUUACAAGGAAGCUGGAGUUACGAAUAUAACAGUAACAAAUUCGGUUUUCACGAAGACACAGAAUGGCGUUAGAGUAAAGUCCUGGGCAAGACCAAGUGGUGGCUAUGCUAAAAAUCUCAUGUUCUCAAAUCUUAUUAUGAAGAAUGUUGGGUACCCCAUAAUCAUUGACCAAAACUAUUGUCCCGAUAAUAAUUGCCCUCAUCAGAAUUCAGGAGUAAAGGUGAGUCAAGUAACAUACAAGAAUGUGAAAGGGACAUCAUCCACACAGGCAGCCAUGAAAUUUGAUUGCAGUUACACAAAUCCAUGCACUGGAAUCAGACUGCAAGACAUAAAGCUUACUCACAAUGAUCGCUUAAGAAGGCCUGCAAUAUCCUACUGUAGAAAUGCAAGUGGAAGACGUGGUGGCACAGUCAUUCCCAGGAGUUGUUUCUAAAACAAUACAGAAAAAAAAAACUCCUUUGUAUAUACUUUUAUUUCAAGUUCAGAGUGAAAAGAAAAAAACACUUUUCUUCUCUGCGUCUAUUGUUCUUAAAUAAGUUGUUGUUCUACAUAUAUCCGUUGUCGUGGUUGAUAGUUGAUCUACAGUAUAGGUGUCUAUUUGUGGUGAAUCAGUUCUCAAAGUGUAAGUUGUCUUCUUGUGUAGUUUAGAAGUAGUCGCUUGUGUAGUUUCUUUGCUAUUUCGAACCACAUUUAUAUAUAUACUAAUUUUAGAA